AUGCGCGGACGCCAAUGGGAGGAGGCGAAGCGCGCGGCCAAUGAGGAGGCCCGGAGGGGGUUGCCGGGAGAUUUGAACGCGCGCGGCGGAAGCGGCUGCGUGAGGGACCUCACGUUCGCCUUCGACCGCGUCUUCGGCGAGGCGGCCACGCAGGAGGAGGUUUUCYGGCACACCACGCGGGACCUCCUGGACGGCGUCCUCAGCGGCUACAACUGCUCCGUGUUUGCGUACGGUGCGACCGGAGCGGGGAAAACCUACACCAUGCUGGGCUCCGAGAAGAGCCCGGGCAUCAUGUACCUCACCAUGGCGGAGCUCUACAGGAGGAUCGAGGCCAGGAAGGACGAGAAGAGCUGCGAAGUGCUCGUCUCCUACCAGGAGGUGUACAACGAGCAAAUCCACGACCUCCUGGAGCCCAAGGGCCCCUUGGCAAUCCGGGAAGAUCCAGAGAAAGGCGUCGUGGUUCAGGGGCUCUCCUUCCACCAGCCCAAGUCGGCGGAGCAGCUCCUGGAGAUGUUGGCCAACGGCAACAGGAACCGCACGCAGCACCCCACCGACGCCAACGCCGCCUCCUCCCGCUCGCACGCCAUCUUCCAGAUCUACGUGAAGCAGCAGGACCGUGUGGUCGGCCUCACUCAGGAACUCCAAGUGGCCAAGAUGAGUUUGAUCGACCUGGCGGGCUCGGAGAGGGCUUCGGUCACCAAGGCCAGAGGAGAGCGGCUCCGGGAGGGCGCCAACAUCAACCGCUCGCUGCUGGCCCUCAUCAAUGUCAUCAACGCUCUGGCCGACGCCAAGAGCAAGAAGACCCACAUCCCGUACCGGGACAGCAAGCUGACGCGCCUGCUCAAGGACUCCAUCGGYGGCAACUGCCGCACCGUCAUGAUCGCGGCCGUGAGCCCCUCCGCGCUGGCCUACGAGGACACCUACAACACGCUCAAGUACGCCAACCGCGCCAAGGACAUCAAGCUGGCGCUGAAGAGCAACGUGCUCAGCCUCGACUGCCACAUCAGUAAAUACGCCGCGAUCUGCGAGCAACUGAAAGCAGAGGUGGCCGCGCUGCGGGAGAAGCUCCGCGCCUACGAGGGCAGGGCACAGGACGCAGAAGAGCAGCCGCCAGCUCCCCCCGGCCCGAGCCCUGCGGGGCUGCCCAGGUUGGAAGAAGCUGUCCCAAACACAUGCUCAGACCCCCCAGUUUCCUGGGAGGGAGACCAAGAYGCAGAUGCAGCGCAGCCAGAAUUGGAAGCUGAGCAGCUUGUUCAGCCAGAGGAGCUGGAACAGGAGGAAGAGGCUCAAGAGGAGGUGCCCCCCAGCAGCCCCAGAGCAUCCCACCACGCAGAUCUCCAGCUGCAAACGAAGACAGCAGAGCUUCCUCUGCAGGGGUUGUCCCACAGCCGGCUGGAGACGCUCGUAGCCGCUGUCCUCAGCGUUGCCCGGAGGCAGUACUCCCUGCUCAGGGCUGCCAGCCUCUUAACUCCUGACAUGGUCUCGGAAUUUGAGGAACUGGAGCGCACAGUCCAACAGGAGGCAGGUGCCAGUCUGGAGCAGGUCGGGCAGCAGAAGGGGCCCGCAGAGACCAGCGGAGCUGCUGCAGGAGGGACUCGGCAGGACCGACACGCUGAGGCAGCUKUGGGUGCCGCUGCCGCCGAGUGCCGCGUCCCUGCGGCUGGAGCUGUCCCGCAGCAGCCGCUCCCGCCCGGCAGCCCCGCGCCGCCGCUGCCCGGCCUGCCCAAGAAGAGGAGGAGAUYGGAGGCGGGAAGCGCGUCCGGCCCAGGGACGCCCCCCAGCCUCACGGCGAGGGCCAAACGACGGCGGAGAUCCAGCCCGCCGGAGGCGCGGGAGGGCUCCGCGAGGGGAGCAGAGGCUCCCGGGGCCACGGGCACCCCCUGUGCCAAAGCGGCCGGGUCCUGCCCGCUCCUGCCGUCUUGCGCCCCCGAGAUCUGCCCGCUGACSGUCACCAAGAGGCGCCUGCCGCUGGCCACGUCGGCCGUGCAGAACGGCUGCGCGCCGGCCGCGCUGGCCCUCCGCGACCUCAACAUGACGUUCGACCUGUCUGAGGACGGCGCCUCUCCCGACGGGGCCAAGCCGGAGACCUUCAGCGUGUCCCGCUUCCCUGGCUGGGAGAAUGUGCAGUGCCUCCUGAGCCAGCAGGACGGGCCCUUCGCAUGCAGCGGCGCCUCCGUCCCUGUGUUCACUAUGAGGGGCUCCUCCAUCCCCAAGCCCUGCUCCGGCUCCAGGACGUCAACCCAGAAGCGAAGGCGAGCGGCGAGGUGA